UCUACUCAUGCAAUAUCCCAAACCAAUCACACAUGAUACGUACAAACAUCUGCUCCCUUAUCUCCACCCCGCACGUGAAUCUCGGAUUGCACACACGUGACCUCUCCCUAUUUGCUGCCACCUCCUCAGCUCAGUUGCUACAACAACGAGCCUUACCAUCUCAUCCCAACAGCCGCACACAAGCAGCAAACAGCAGAAAUCCGCAUCCAGAUGCCUCCACGACACCCAACACACCAAAUCCCAACGAAAAUCCGACGUUGACGCACCUGGAUUGUGGGCGUGGCCUAGUCGAAAAUGUUGCAGCCUCUCGUUCUCCUCACUCUCCUCGCUCAUCGCACCUCUACGGCUCCCCUCCAAUCAGCAAUCACUCCGACUGCAAGCCCUGCGGAUGUAGCCACGAUUCUGGACGUGCAGCAAACGAGCAACGUUUCCAGUUGGAGUCAAUUUCCCACACAGGCGGCAUCUCAUGUUACACUCAACAAUGCAUUGCAUGUCACUCCAUCCACAGACUCGACAAGCAGCAGUGGAAGUGAGAGUGUGUUGUCGAAGAUCAUCAUGAUUUCAGUGCCGUCGUUGACUGGUCUCCUUUUGCUUGCCAUUGGUGUCUUCAUUGUGUUUCGUGUUCGCAGCUAUGUUGCUGCUCGUCGAUUGGUCGAUGAUGCUUUAAGUUGUCGGAGCAGUGUGUUGCCACAUGUUGUGUUGCCUGAGCCAAUGCAUCAGGCGUUUACUUCUUAUAAGGGAGAGGGAAAUCGAUGCUCGGAGGGAUCGGAUCUGUUUCCGGACAAUUACAGAUAUUUGUAUGGUGGCAGUCAGCCGAGUGAGAAUUCGAGUGAAGUGAGUUUGCAGAAGGUGAUGCUGCUGGAGGAGAUCGGGUCGGGGUGUUUUAGUAAGGUGUAUCUGGCAAUUCUGUCGACGAAGACGAGGGAUACCGACAGUGCGCUGCAAGUCGCGGUCAAGCUGCUGAAAAUUUCAGAGGUACCGGCGACCGCUCGGCAAGAGAUGAUUGCAGAGACCGAGAUCUUUCGAACUCUAGGGUAUUGCCCUUAUAUUGUCAACAUGUUGGGUGGUGGCAAGAAGGGCGACAAUAUGUACGUUAUCACCGAGUACGCAGAUCUCGGCAAUCUCAAAGAUUAUCUCCAAUCAGAAUGUGAAAAUACAUUGUCAAGUCAUCAACUGUCAAGCGAUUGUGAGGAGAACACGACCGGCCUAUCAGAACUCGAUCUCAUCGGGUUUGCGGAACAAAUCAUUUAUGGAAUGGAACAUAUUGCACGAAAUGGUGUUAUACAUGGGGAUCUGGCGUCAAGAAACAUUCUCGUGUUUUCGACUAACUUGGUGAAGAUCUCGGACUUUGGUUUGGCUCACUAUGUUUCUCAGAAUGGACCGGGUGAGAGGUUACGAGGCAGUACGUUGCCCGUACGGUGGAUGCCGCCUGAGGGGAUAUUCAGACGGGAAUACUCACUCAAAAGCGACGUAUGGGCAUUCGGAGUAUUACUUUGGGAAAUUGUAACUCUUGGCUCGACUCCCUAUCCAGAAUUCACCGAUUCACGUCUCAUGAAAAAGCUACGCAAAGGCUACCGAAUGCCACGACCUCCAUCCUGCUCAAACCAACUGUACACCCACACAUCCAUCACAUCACUCUAUUCACUCCAUAAUUACUUUAACAUUUUUAGAUAUCACGUGAUGAGAGGCUGCUGGCACAAUCAUCCCAAAGAUCGGCCAACAUUCACCGACCUUCGUGAGCUCGUCGCUCACCUACUCGGCGAAUGUCGACGAUCAAACGAGCCAACACACAUAGACUACAUCCGCCUGAAAAGCCACACCCACCACACCCACGCAUACGAACACCACACCCAUGCAUACGAACACAAACUGAUGAUCAGCUCGGACGACGAAAGAUACAGCGACGUAUUCACCGGUGCCUGGACGAGCACCGACAGCGACAGCAGUUAUAAGAAAUCAAGCGGCAAGCUUAUGAAAUCGAAUUGCUUAGACAGAGCGAGUCACCUCGACGCUCAAAGCAGCAUGUUCCUCACCGACAACUUGAUCUCGUCGACACAACAUCUAACGGAUUGUGAGAUUCGAUCCGACGACACAGAGUAGACAAA